GGCUGGAAGUCAUAGCUUCUUUCAUCGACACUUCAAAAACUGAAAGUCUCAAGAGACAAAGGUUGGCCGCUAAUUUACGCUAAGCUUCAUCAGUUUCUUUCAAGGGAGGAGGAGGAGGAUGGGGUUGAAGGGGAAGGAUACGUCGUCGUUUAUGAGUGAUUUCCUUCGGGAGUGCGGUGGCUACGCCGUCAUGGACGGCGGCUUCGCGACGGAGCUUGAACGCCACGGCGCCGACCUCAACGACCCUCUUUGGAGUGCCAAAUGCCUUCUCAUUUCUCCUCAUCUCGUCCGCCGGGUUCACCUAGAUUACCUUGACGCAGGAGCAAACAUACUGAUAACAGGAUCCUACCAAGCUACAAUUCAAGGUUUCGAAGCUAAGGGAUUGGGUCGAGAAGAAGCUGAAAAUCUGAUCAGAAGAAGCGUAGAACUUGCACGAGAGGCUCGAGAUAUUUAUUAUGACAGAUGCACAAAAGAUUCUUCUGACUUCCUGAGAGAUGGAAGAUAUUGGCGGCGCCCAAUUCUAAUUGCAGCUUCUGUGGGAAGUUAUGGUGCUUACUUGGCCGAUGGGUCUGAGUACAGUGGGGACUAUGGUGAUGCCGUUACUGUUGAAACACUGAAAGAUUUUCACCGGAGAAGGGUGAAGAUUCUUGCUGAUGCAGGUGCUGACAUAAUUGCCUUUGAGACAAUACCAAACAAAUUGGAAGCACAGGCAUAUGUUGAGCUUGUGGAGGAAGAAGGCAUAGAUAUUCCUGCAUGGCUUUCAUUUAGUUGCAGGGACGAAGGCAAGGUGUCUAGUGGUGAGUCUAUCUUGGAGUGUGCUUCCAUUGCAGAAUCCAGCAAGCAAGUGGUGGCAGUUGGAGUCAACUGUACUGCUCCUAGGUUUAUUCAUGGACUGGUUUCUUCUAUUACAAAGGUUACAAGAAAACCUAUACUAGUGUAUCCCAACAGUGGAGAGACUUAUAAUCCUGAGACUAAGAAGUGGGCGAAAACAAGCGGGGAGGCAGAUGAAGAUUUUGUCCCUUAUGUAGUAAAGUGGCGUGAAGCUGGAGCAUCCUUAUUUGGUGGUUGCUGCAGAACAACACCAAAUACUAUCAGAGGCAUAACCAAGGCACUUCCUGGAAAAGCUUCUGUAGAUGAUGAUAACCUCAAGUUUCAAGAGAGAACACUUAAGUUUUAGUCUUUCUGAGGUAGCAAACGAGAGUGGUGCAGAAAUAUCUCUCUGUCUUUCACUAUCUUUUCUGAUAUGGCAUGCACCAACCUGAACAUUGUAUAUGGACUGGACAAGUGAUGUUUUGAGUACCAAUAACAAAGAUGCUUUUUAUAUGCUAUAGUAGUGUUGGGAUGGAAAAGAAAAAUCCUAUUAUUCUUGAGAUUUCCACACACUAUCUUUUUCCCUGUUUGGAUAGACAAAUAUUGUGAUUA